UCAGUUACGGUAGAACAGCGUACUGAAAAUAUUAAAAUUACGAGAUAUAGUAAAGAUGUUGUCAAUUCAUUUGAUUUUGUUAGCUAUUUUGAAAAUGUUCUUGUACAUCAGAGCAGAAAAUUGCAACGAAGAUAUUUGUGCUUCGGUGGUGUCUAAAUGUAUUUUAACACAAAGCUGUAAAUGCGAAGUGAAAGAUGCAACAUGUUAUCGAUCAUGUGUAACGUGCAUGGGAAAGAAAUAUUUUGAAGAGUGCUGUGGCUGUAUUGGUCUCUGCCCAAAUAAUCCGAAAGUGUCGCUAUCACAAAAAUCACACGUUGAAGACUUUGAGGGUGUACCUGAGCUAUUCGAUGUGCUAGUUUCGUCACCAUCGGAUGAAUUGGAAUACAACUGGAAUAUAUUUACAUUUCCGGUGGAUUUUGACAUGGUCCCGUCUAAUCGAAAGAAAAAGCCUUCGUUGGAGCACAUACAACAGGGUUCACACGUAAACUGCACCGUUGUGUAUCUGGACAAUUGCGUGUCAUGGAAUAAAUGUCGCCAAACUUGCAGAAGUACUGGUGCUAGCAGUUAUCGAUGGUUUCACGACGGCUGUUGUGAAUGUGUAGGAUCAACAUGUUUGAACUAUGGUGUUAACGAAAGUCGUUGCCGAUGUUGUCCUGAAAAAGAGGAAGACCUAGAUGCUUUGGACGUAAUCGAUGAUGAUUUGUAUGACUUUGAAGAUUCCGAUGGCAAUCUAGUUGAUAAUAACAUUUAGUUUACAAUAAAUAAAUUGAUUAUAAAUCACAAUAAAAUUUAAAUGAGGAAAGAA